ACAUGCCGGGUCGGAUCAGAUCAGAUCUAGGCGCGCAUGCAUGAGGCUUCGGCUAUAAAUAUAAUUGCUGGUUCGCAACGCCAGUAGCUCAAGAAAAUACAUACAUACAUACAUACAUACGGCCGGGGUCAGUAAACAUAGAAAAUGCACGGUGAAGCAAGCGCCCAGCGUAAUGAGUGGACUGCUGGUACCGUAGUGAUCACCAAGGCCUCACCGGUGGUGGUCCGGCCGUCGGAGUUGGAGCUGGGACGAACGCCAACGCCGACGCUGCCCGCCGGUGACUACACCACCGUUCCUCUAUCCUCUUUCGACAGACGCGUGCCUCCUAUGCCGGCCACCUCGCUGCUGGUGUUCGAGCGCACCAUCAACGAGCCCAUCGAGACGAUAAAGCGGGCCCUGUCCCGAGUGCUGGCUCACUACCGCCCCAUGGCCGGCCGCCUCGACGGUGCCGGCGGCAUCGCGUGCACCGAUGAGGGCGUGACGUUCGUAGGCGCGGCAGCCAGCUGUGCUCUCAAGGAGGCCACCACGACGGCGCUGCAGGAGAUGGACCUCGCCGUGUGCUAUCCCGGCUUGCUCUGCCGUGAUGCGGACCCCUUGCUUCUGGUGCAGGUGACAGAGUUCGCCUGUGGCGGCUUCGUUGUCGGGGUGACGUCGAACCACGUCGCCGCGGAUGGCCUCGGGAUGGCACAGUUCCUGCAGGCUCUCGGCGAGCUCGCGCGCGGGACCUGGCCGCCGUCUUGCAUCCCUGUCAGGAGCUGGGACGAGUCGCUCCCGGUCUCGUCAGCCAUCCCUGCUGCCAAGGGGAGCAUGGAGCAUCACGAGCCCCAGCAUCUGGCUACCCUCGACAUCGUCAUCCCGUCGGACCUGAUCAGCCGGAUCAAAGCUGACGGGUGCUGCUCGGUGUUAGACGCCGUCAUGGCGGUGCUCUGGCGCUGCCGCACUCGCGCGACCAUGUCGCCCGGCGACGCCGAAUCUCCCGCGCCGCUCAAGUUCGCCUGCAACAUGCGAGCGCACGCCGGGGCGCCGGCCGGAUACUACGGCAACUGCAUCCGCGUGCAGGUCGUCCCGGCGACGGCCGUCGUGGUGGCCAGCAGCGGCAUCGGACACCUUGUUGGGCUCAUCAGGCGCGCCAAGGAGAAGGUGCCGGACCUUCUGUCCACGCCUGGCAGCGGGGCGGCAGCAGAUCAUCAGGGACAUCAGGCGGCGCCGCCGACGUCGUCGCUCUGGUACGAGACGUUCACUGUGACGGACUGGAGGAACCUAGGCUUGGACACGGUCGACUUCGGCAGCGGGCCACCAGAGCGGGUGCUGCUGAGGCACGACAGGAGGGCAAUGGUGCCGGGCUGUGUGGUGUGCCCGCCGCGCAGGGCGAGGAGGCAUGGAUGCGAUGGGGUGGUCGUGUCGUCCAAGUUCGUCAAGCCACAACACGUCGAUGCUUUGCUUGCCGAGCUCGCGGCGCUGGCAACUUCAGGGUAGCGAGUGAAAUUAACAUGCAUCAAUAAUGUUGGAAACGGGUAAAAUAACGUGUGGGAGGAAGGAUGCGUACGACGUCGGAUAACGUGUGGAAGGGGAAUGCAAUAAAAUAUAAGUACCUAUUUCUUUAUUCUA